UUCUUCCGGGUUACGGUACAGAUUUGUCAAAUAGCCUGUGCAUGGCAUGGUUGACAGGGUAGCCGACGUUUCAGACAGGUAUCCAGAGUCGACAUUUUUAUCAGCCUGUAACAGAAGUUAAACCGUCAGAAUAAAAAGUAACUCCAUCUUUUCUGAGCACUUUAACAACUGUUCUCAAUCUCCGAGAGCAGAUUUUCAUAUUUGUCAUUGCUCGGUUAGCUAACUAUAGUUGACGUUGCUCUUUGAAAAUGGCGGAUGCACCACCAGAGAAGAGCCUGGACGAUUUCUUUGCCAAGCGGGAUAAAAAGAAGAAGAAGGAGAAAGGAAAGGGCAAGGAGUCCGCUGCCGGGCCUACGUCGAGUGUGGUAAAAAAGACCAAGAGGGAGAAGGAAAAAUCUGCGAAAAACGAGAAUCAAGACGCACAGAUUGAAAAGGAGGACGAGGAAUGGAAAGAGUUUGAGCAGAAAGAAGUGGAUUACAGCGGGCUUCGACUGCAAGCUUUACAGAUAAGUGACGAGAAAGAGGAAGAGGAGUACGAGAAGGAGGAGGUUGGUGAGGAUGGAGAGAUCAUUCUGGUCAGUGGAGACAAAGUGUCUGGUCCCUGGAACAAGUCUGGUGCUGCUCCAGCUGCUGCACCUGUGGAGGAUGUAGAGGUGCCUGAGUCGAAGCCUGCUGGUGUAUAUCGCCCUCCAGGGGCUCGGCUGUCCACCACUAAACGAGUGCACAUCCAGGGGCCUCCUGAGAUCUUCAGUGACACGCAGUUUCCUUCUCUACUGUCCACCGCCAAGCACGUGGAGACACGCAAGGAUAGAGAAAUGGAGAAGACCUUUGAGGUUGUGAAACACAGGAACCGUGGUAGAGAGGAGACGAGUGGCGCUUCUAUGCAGCAGUUGCAGCUUGACAACCAGUACGCCAUCCUUGGGGAUAAGUAAAGCCGCUCCCCUCCGUCCCCUGGCCCCUUCUGCACAGUCCUGCCCAGCCCCUUGAAGGAAGCUGAACUCCAGCUGUGUUGACUGCAGUCCUGACAGAGCUCACGCUGCCACCAUCACCACACUGUUUAAUCACACACACAGCCUCAUAUACAUAUAUACAUACAUACACACUCAUACACAGCAACACCAAUGCAGCACAUACAGUGACACUCCCUUUGAAUAAAUCAGUAACACACUUCACAUACAUUUGGUCGGCAAAACUGAAGGACUGCAUCUGAAGGGGCUGUUGAAAGAGGGAAUAAUUGGAAAGGAAAAAGCAAAAUACACCCAAACGUACAACACUGCAGCAGCAACAAAAGACGAUGUAGUCCUUUGUGGAUUGUACUCAGAGCAGCAGUUGUGUGGCGCAACUUUUCUCUGGACUUCAACUUGCUUCGAUAAAGCCACAGAGGAUCGAAGACAACUUUAGGCAAGAUGAUUUUACAAACUUCUGUGAAAAUAUCUAUUUUUUUGCAAGAUCCUUAUAACCCAAUCGCACAUGGUAUUUUGGGGUGUGUUUUUGUGUUGCGGUUGGGGCUUCGGGAGUGGGGAUCCUACCUCAGCGGUAUAGCUGGUGGUGACAAUGCGGACUGAGCUUUUUUUUUUUUUUUUUUUUUUUUUUCGCUGUGGUGGUGAACGGGGCAAACACCAACCCUCCCCACAUACAAGCUGGCCAUCAGGCUCUUUCAUUUAGAAACUUGAAGCUUAGUUUUUUUUCCUUCAUGUUGAUGACACUCUGCAAAGAUCUAUGGACAAGAAGCGAUAGGUUGUGGUCCUCAUUUAGAAUUUCUAUAUAAAGUGGCCUUACUGAUAGAGAGAAACUGCUGUGUCAUCUGAAAAGAACUUUGCUUGUUGUCUCACGGGCUGCUGCCUGCCUCUGGAUCUCACCACUUUGUGACAAAAAAAAAAAAACAACGUAUACAAACAAAAAAAAACCUUUUUGUUCAAGAAUGUAGUGCUGUUGUAGUUUGCCUGAUGAUUACAACUACUAACUGUCUUUCAUAUCCACUGUUUGAUUUUGCUGCCCUUACUUUGUUUCGGUCUUUUUAGACAUCAGCAAAAGAGAAAUUAAAGCUUUGUUUGUAAUCCAAAACCAUUCUUUUGGCAACAAAUGCUUUACUGUGGUUUGAUACAGAUGUUACAGUGUCAAGAAAAAUAACAAACCACUUUAAAAGCAUAUUUGUUGAGGUUGUUUGGCCAUAUUGAGUUGACAACUUUUAUAAUUUGUUGUAAAGUGGUACACUUCAACCCCAGUUUUAAGACUUUGCUUCUUUUUUUUAUUUUUAUCAAGGCUUUUCCUCAUAAGUAAAUGUGCUGUCUCAGCCCUCAUUGCAGUCGUGUAGAACAGGUAGCUUGUGCAUAACUUAACUUCCAGAGAGUUAUAGCGACUACUCUUCUGUAAAAGCAAAACCAACAGAGUACUAUCCACUUACAAAACAGUGGUACACCCAGUUAAAAUCAAAUGGGUUUUUACUACAAGCAUAGUUAUGUUUUAGAAAGGUGAAGAAGGACUGGAUUUAUGUUCUAUGUUUCUGUCCUUUCCAUCAAAGAUGUCGGGGACACUUUGGGUGGACGUAGAUAAUAUUUGUGAUGAGAAGAGCCUAACACAAAAAAUAAAGUGAUCCUUGUGAA